AUGGUCCAAGGAAACGGUACCUCCAGCAAUGACUUCACCGUCAAGGCUGGCCUUGCGCAGAUGCUGAAGGGUGGCGUGAUCAUGGACGUGAUCAACGCGGAGCAGGCUCGAAUCGCGGAGGAGGCUGGCGCCGCCGCUGUCAUGGCUUUGGAGCGUGUGCCCGCUGAUAUUCGCGUUGAGGGUGGCGUUGCCCGCAUGUCCGACCCUGCUAUGAUCAAGGAGAUCAUGGAGGCUGUCACCAUUCCCGUCAUGGCCAAGGCUCGUAUCGGCCACUUUGUCGAGUGCCAGAUCCUCGAGGCUAUCGGUGUUGACUACAUUGAUGAGUCUGAAGUGCUCACCCCCGCCGAUGAUGUCUACCACGUUACCAAGUCUACAUUCAAGGUCCCCUUCGUGUGCGGCUGCCGUAACCUGGGCGAGGCCUUGCGUCGUAUCUCCGAGGGCGCCGCGAUGAUCCGCACCAAGGGCGAGGCCGGUACCGGUGAUGUCGUUGAGGCCGUGAAGCACAUGCGCACUGUCAACUCCCAGAUUGCUCGUGCCCGCGCCAUCCUCCAGAAUGCGGCCGACCCCGAGCCUGAGCUGCGUGCCUUUGCUCGGGAGUUGGAGGCUCCCUACGAGUUGCUUCGUCAAGCUGCCGAGUUGGGCCGUCUCCCUGUGGUCAACUUCGCCGCCGGCGGUGUUGCUACUCCCGCCGAUGCCGCACUGAUGAUGCAGCUGGGCUGUGACGGUGUCUUUGUCGGUUCUGGAAUUUUCAAGUCUGGUGAUGCCAAGAAGCGCGCGAAGGCCAUCGUUCAGGCUGUGACCCACCACAAGGAUCCCAAGGUUCUUGCCGAGGUCAGCGAGGGCCUGGGCGAGGCUAUGGUCGGUAUCAACGUGCAAAGGAUGCCCGAGGCCGAUAAGAUGGCCGGCCGCGGCUGGUAA